UGAAUCUUGUGUUCGAUGAAGUUAUUUGAUGCUAGGAAGGAGUACACUACAUUUCUUAGACAGGACGUGAAGACUUUUAAUGGUAUAGACUGAAGCGUAAUUGGUCGGAAGUUUGAAGGAUCAGCGGUGUUGCCUUUCUUAUGAAUUAAAAUUGUACAUGCUCGCUUCCAUUCAGUUGGGACAUUACCAGAGUGCCAAAUUUCAUGAAUAAUUUCGGUAAGGUAACUUCUGAGAAACGAACAUCGCUUGAAACAAAUAAUGGAAAGUUGGUCAAGGGGACAAGGGGAGCCAGACGAUUUCAUUUUCCGUAUAACAUUAGUAACUUGUUGGUAUGUCGGGGGAUUAAGGUUAAAUUGAACUUCGGGGUCACAUAACUUUGGAAUCCAGCUGGGAAUAGUGAACAGUUGAUUAGGAUUAAUUUUAGCCAGAGAUUUAGAAAAAUAAGUGAGGCAAUCAUUCACGUUGAAGGAAGGUAAUAUUGAAUCCUUCUUAUUUAUGAUAUUUUUAAUAUAGCCCCAAAAGUUCCGGGUGAUAUACUUGUCGUGAUUGAGCGUCUGAUUGCAAGAGGCUAGCCCAUCGUCGUUGUUGUUGAUAUUGCGAAGUUUGUUACGCAAUAUUCGAGAGACGUGUCUAAUUUCAUUCCUCCAAAGCGUCUCUCGUAUUCUGCGAUGGAGGUGCGCCGAGAAUGGUGCAUCAGUUUUCCAAACAGGUUUUUUUGCUUUGCGUUACUGGCACUUCCCUAUGUUUGUGUUGUCCCUAUUUCGGGAUUUAUUGAAGAUAUUUACGAAGAUUACACAAUUACGUUCGAAAAUGAAACUUUGGAAAUCAAUCACACGGUCAAUGUUCAUGAGAAUGCAACUCUGACCAUCCAACCUGGUGCAAGUAUAAAGUUUUCUGGAAACGGAAGUUUGAAUGUCUAUGGUAAUCUCGUUGCAAAUGGAACUGAAGCAUUACCAAUUGACAUCAGUUCGCAAACUGGGAAGUAUUUCAACCGCUCAUUGAUGACAUUAGCAGGCUUAGCCUAUUUACCAUGGAAUAUUUUCCAUACAAGCUUGAGGCUUGUUGACGGCAACGGGUAUAACACUGGGCGGUUGGAAAUUCUUCACCAAGGUAUCUGGGGAACUAUCUGCGAUGACGGUUGGUCCCAAAUAAACAGCGAUGUUGUCUGUCGUGAACUCGGUUUUCCAACGGGAACUUUUACGCGAGAAUUUGGAGCAGGAACUGGUCGAAUAUGGAUGGAUGAUGUGCGGUGUACUCAAGCUGAUCGUUCAUUGAGACAAUGUAGCCACCGUGGAUUUGGUAGCCAUAAUUGUAGACACGACGACGACGUUGGAUUAAUAUGUACCGGGCCAAACUUUAAGUUGGAAACAAGUAAUCUAUCGAGAAGCAUAUUCCAUUUUGCCGGCAAAGAAAGAUCGUGUUUAAUCAAUGUUAGAAUACAUGUUCUAAAAGAAGAUCGGUUUCUGGAAGAAAAUUCUUCACUACGCAAGUUUACCAGUUUCAAAGCAAUUGUUUGUGAUGGCGAGUGUCCUUAUCUCAAAAAUGCUGACAUAUCAGGUUUCGCUUUGGCUAUCGAAAUCCGUACCUACGGUAUAGAUAUUUUGUUAGGCGAUAUAAAGAUCACAGACUGUCUCUAUGGUGUUGUGGCAACGAACAAUAAAAUAAACAGCUCUGUGAAAAAUGACCUCAAAUAUAACAAAGACAUGGAAAUACUUCGCUUUAGAAACUUUACGGUUAUCAAUUCUACCGCAGGCGUGUUGCUUAUUGAUUAUUCUUCCUUUAAUAUUGAGUUAGAGGAAUUUACGAUCACAGGCUGCCAUACCGGGGUGGAAAUUUUGCAAACAAUCUUCACGAGAUUUAAGUUGUCAAAAUUGAGGCUCCAAAAUGGCGUCAAUGCCAUCAGGUUACGAAGACACCCAGGGCGCUUUGAGCUGGUCGAUCUUUGUGAUAGCAGCAACAGCGUUUACAACGAAUCAUUUCCUGUCGAAAUCACUUAUUACAGUGGUCACAGCAACCCUUGUUCCAUGGUGUUCGCAACCUCUCCAGACCAGGUUCUGUCAGCUUUUGUUUCAGAUCUUUCAAAUGUCAAGUUGCGGAUUCGCGAUAGCAAUUCAUCUGAACUACUGUUUGAGCUAUCCAGAGAUGAUCUGUCGCAACAAUACAUCGUUGAAUUGAAAAGUAGUGCUGUUAUUGUUGAGAUCGAAUUUGAAAUAUAUUGGUAUUCGAGUAAUCUCAAGAUGUUUCUAUUGAGUCGACCAGAGCGAUCACAAAAGAACGACAUAAACGAGAUUUCGGAUGUAAGUAUACGACAAUUCACGGGGAUUGGAAUCAGGCUUGACGUUAAUCACUACACAACAAUCAUCAAAAAUUCUGAUAUUACAAAUACAAGUACCACGUGCAUAUCCGCGGCGCUUGGACAGGGAUCAAUAUUAAAACUAAUAAACAGCACAUUUAAAUACAACGUCAACGAUUACUCUUCCAUGCUAGAAAUAUCCAUCAAUGGUUAUUCUCUUGUCCAACUAAAUGGAAAUGUGUUUCGUAGUAACCACUUCAAGAACAUUUUGAGACUCCAAACUGUUAAUUCAGGAAUAACAAGAAAAAAUCCAGAUCAUAUAUUGAAAUUAACAAAUAAUACAUUUCAGUACAAUACGAAUCCUAUCAGUGCAACAUCGGCUAUGCUGGAGUUAAUCUACCAUCGCUAUUUUCUUAUCCAAGUAAAUGAAAAUAAGUUUCAGAAUAACCACUUUAAAAACAUUUUGAUAUUCCAAAUUUACGCUUCAAUAUUGCCUAGUUACAGCAGUGGAUCUUCUUUAAAACUAGUAAACAAUACCUUUCAGUACAACAGGAACUCUAUCAGUGCAACGGCUUUGUUGGUAUUUUCCUUCAAUAGCCAUAAUGCUUAUUCGUCUACCCAGAUAAAUGGAAACAUUUUUCAAAGUAACCACUAUGAGAACAUUUUGAAAUUUCAAGCCCUUUAUUCCACAUGGACAAACUCAAGAAACAAAUUGUUAUUACUUGACAACAGCUUAUUAAAUAAUACAGCAAAAAAUUUAGUUGAUUUUACUGAAAAUGCUCAGGUGGUUGUCAUUCGUGGGAAUACAUUGUGGCACAAUGCGGUGGUAAGAAGUGUCUUUAAUCUAGUCAAUAACCAUCCCACGAGCAGUUUGAAUUUCACCAGAAACAGUCUGAUUGCCAAUAUUAUUAUUCAUCGACGCACUCCAAGUUCAUUUUAUGAUAUCAAUGAUGUUGCAGCUGUAAUCUUCUUAAGCAGACAAAUAUUUGUGAAUGAAAAUUUUUUUGAAAACCCAUUUCUUCCUUUGGAAUUGAUGCUUACGCCAAACUUGAAUUCACAUCAUAUAAAUGGGAGAAUGAAUUGGUGGGGAUUAACAGACGUGAACGAUGUAAUUGCGAGAAUUUUUGAUUUCCGUCAUCGAAAUUAUUUACCUCAAUUAAAUUUUUCACCUUUUCUUGCAAGUGCUAAUCUUUCUGACGUCUUUAAAGGGGAGACAAAUAUCAUGUUUAGAAAGGGAAAUGUACUGGGAGGUCUCGUAACUGAAGACAUUAUCCUCGAGAAAGACAAUUCUCCUUUUAUUGUGACGAGAGACAUUAUAAUUUUACAAAAUGCUUCGAUAACUAUUCAAGAAGGUGUUCAAGUCAAUGUGAGUCCACGUAUUGGAUUUCAUGUUUACGGCAAGUUGGAGUUGCUUGGAAAAUUGAGUGCUCCAAUCAAAUUUGAUAUUGCAACGAGUUUGAAAGGAAUUUCCAACUUUGGACAAUAUCCGAUUCGUCUUGUGAAUGGUUCAAAACCAUGGGAGGGUAUUGUUGAAAUACUUUAUAACAAUACCUGGGGAACAAUAUGUGAUGAUUAUAACACGAAUACUAACAAUAUUGUCUUAUGCAAACAGCUGGGAUUUGAGGGUUAUAGUGGCGGCUAUCGUUAUACGCCCAGUUCUGGUAGCGCGAAGCCAGUUUGGUGGAGACAUGUAAGAUGCGACUCAGAUACUUAUAAUGAUAUUGCCAGUUGUUCUUUCCAAGGCUGGGGUGUAUCGUGUUAUCGUAGUCUAUGGACUGUACGCUGUAAUCCUGGCUCCUGGCGCGGAAUACGAUUCCGAGAAACGGCUAAAGCAAGUGAAAUAUCCCAUGUAAAAUUUGAACGUGGUGGAAGUAAUACCCAAUCUCAUAUAAGUCGCUAUGUCUUGCAUUUUGACGUAUUGAGACAAGUCAUUAGAGAUGUAGAGAUUCGCGAGUCUUUCGGUGGAAUUAAAAUUGCUUUUCAAGUACCUGGUUCUAACAUGGCAAAUAUACUGAUUGAAAAUAGGCGCAGAAAUGGCAAUGGAAUUGAGAUAUUUUCGUCACUAACUUGUUAUAAUUGUAGCGUUUUCAACAAAGACAAGGGCGUUUUAAGCGAAACAAUUGGCAUACUAUCAUUUACUGAUGAUCGUGAAAUUAAUUACAUUGAUUCCAUACUGCGAAACAUUAUGAUGAGAAAGGAAAUUUCAAUUUGCGGGCAAAAUAGAGAAAUAACCAUUGGUAGAAAAGACAUGCAGAUUAUCACCACGUCGAGAACGACUUCCUAUUCCUCCACGAAUGUUGAAUGCAUUUUUAAGAUAACACUUUUAUCGGAAGCUAUUUUAACUACAGAAAUAAAGAGAUCAGACAUUGAAAUAUUGACAAUUACCGCGUCAAAAGUAAAUUCAUCAAAAAACAUAAGCCGUUUUAACGCUAGCCACAGCGAUACGUACAACUUUGGACCUGGUUACUUAACUGUACGUUACUGGCGAAGGGCUUAUUCCUAUGGAACAAAUAUUAGAAUUGUUAUCGUCAGUGCAAAAGAAAACGAGGCGUCCUUAUUGAAAACUGAACUUGGAACUGCAAUUUUAGUUGGUGGCUUGCUGGUCAAUAAUUAUUAUGGCAUACGACAAUAUCGCCGCAGUCGUACAAAAGAUCUUAAACUGCAAAAUGUUACCUUGAGGGAUAAUUAUCAUGGCAUUUAUAGCGAAUAUCGCUCCACAAAUCUUUCUCUAGAACAAUUGUACUAUAACAGAUGGGUAUUAUGCUAUAUACCUAAGAAAUUAUCGUGA